CGGCCGUCCUGACCGCGGCAGCGCCAACGGGAACGGGAGCGUGUCCGCGCCGUCCCGCCCCGCCCCCGGGAAAGCGGCUCCCGCAGCCGCUCGGGGCUGGAGCUCGGCGGAGCCGCGGGGUGUGUGGGGAGGUAGCGGGGCACGGGCUGGCUCCGAGCCUCGGCAGCGCUUUGGGUAUCUCCCUGCGAUAUCCGCAGGCUUCGGGUAAAAAAGCUUCCCCGAGGAGUGUUCUGCGCGUUGCGCUAGGUAACCAUGGCAGGUGAUGACUGUGUAAGGAAACGCCAGUCUGGCUCCACUGCAACCUGCAAGACCCCUGAGAAUGAAGAAACACAGAGGAGAGCUGAGAACGAGAGAUCCUUUCAAAACUCCAGCAAUGGCUGGGUUGAUGUCGACCACGUGAUAACRAGGAAAAUGCAGCUAAUAGCAGAAGCUGAGCAACUGAAGCCAGCUUUCAUGAAGGAGGUGGACAGUCACUUCACAGAGUUUGUGAAUAGUUUAGUGGCAAAAUCAGCACUCUUGGAUUCCUCAUCUCCAGCCUCUGUUUUCCCAGCCUCCAGCACGGACAAGGAACUUCACAAAGCCAAGAACUCAAGGGCCCCUCCAGAACAUGGGAAAAUCUUUACUGCCAGGAGGUCCCUCUUGGAUGAGCUGUUUGAAGUGAGUCACAUCAGGACRAUCUACCACAUGUUCAUCGCUCUCCUCAUUGUCUUCAUCCUCAGUACACUUCUAGUAGACUUCAUUGAUGAAGGAAGGCUGGUCCUUGGAUUUGAUCUCCUGGUCUUUGUUUUUGGAAAGUUGCCAGUUGUCUUCUGUACUUGGCUGUGCAUGUUCAGUGCCACAGUAGUUAUUCCAUACAACCUUUAUGUCUGGUGGGCCCAAGGCUAUUCCAGUUCCUCCCAUCGUGCAAUCCACUCUUUUUUCUAUGGGAUGCUGCUCACARUCUUCCAGAUAGCUGGGCUUGGGAUUGGACCAACCUAUGUUGCUGUGUCCUACGCCCUGCCUCCAGCUUCCCGCUUCAUUGUCAUACUGGAACAGGUUCGUUUUAUUAUGAAGACUUAUUCCUUCAUCCGGGAGAAUGUACCCAGAGUCCUGUCCUCUGCAAAGGACAAGUCUGGUACAGUACAUAUUCCCAGAAUUUCUCAGUACCUGUACUUCCUCUUUGCUCCCACCCUCAUCUACAGAGACAGCUAUCCCAGGAAUCCCACGAUAAGAUGGGGCUAUGUAGCCACCAAGUUUGCACAGGUGCUUGGUUCACUUUUCUAUGCCUACUACAUCUUUGUGAGACUUUGCAUUCCUCAGUUUCGCAACAGUAGUCAGGAAACUUUCAACCUUCGAGGGCUGGUCCUCUGCAUCUUCAACUCCAUCCUGCCAGGUGUGCUGAUUCUCUUCCUGGCAUUCUUUGCAUUCCUUCACUGUUGGCUCAAUGCAUUUGCUGAGAUGCUGCGCUUUGCAGACAGGAUGUUCUACAAGGACUGGUGGAAUUCCACAUCCUAUGCAAACUACUACAGAACCUGGAACGUGGUAGUACAUGACUGGCUCUAUUACUAUGCCUACAGGGACUUCCUUUGGUUUUUUGGUAAGAAGUUCAAAGCAGCAGCCAUGCUGUCUGUUUUUGCUGUGUCAGCUGCUGUGCACGAGUAUGUCCUGAGCGUCUGCUUUGGCUUCUUCUACCCAGUCCUCUUCUGCCUGUUUGCAUGCUUYGGAGUGGUCUUCAACUUCACCCUGAAUGACAGUCGGAAAGGGCCCUUCUGGAAUGUGAUCAUGUGGACUUCCCUGUUCCUGGGCCAGGGUGUCAUCAUCUGCCUCUACAGCCAGGAGUGGUAYGCCCGGCAUUACUGCCCCGUGGAAAAUCCCACGUUCCUGGACUAUUUAAAGCCACGCUCAUGGUCRUGUCAUACGAAGAUGUGAAAAUGGAGUGCUCUGGCCAUGUCAUCACAGAAAAACAGAGUUGUCCUCCAAGUAUUUGGAGCAAUCAUUUAACUCACUACAGACUUUUUCUAAGGGAAGCUAUGCCUCCUGAUUAUUGGGGAGAAACUGUAAUUUUUUAAAAUAUUGCUGGAGCAAACCAGUUGACCUGGAUUGCAACAGACUUCAAAGGCAGCAUCUAUUASAUGCUGUCCCACUUUGAGCCAUUCCCAUGCCAGUAAAACAUUGAGCUGAAGGUGGAGUCUACUGGAAUCCUACACAUCCAGGAGUCCCCCUCAGUUGCUGCUUUUCUGGACAGCAGGCAAGYUAGUCAGAUUUGCAGGUAGCUCAUUGUUGGUAUCUGUCCAUCUUCCUUAGCCAACUCUUUCCAAUUUUUUUCUCCUUUUUCCUAAUGGGAUGUCUACAAAACUUCUGUUUUUCAUGAUCCUGCCUGCCACUGUGACACAGACAAGUGGCAGAGCAGCAGGGUAUUUGCCUCCUUGCUCUGAAGAGGGCCAAAGUAUUCCUGCCUGGCUUCAAACUGCAUCCUGUGUAUGUUGGCUGCCAACACAUAUAAAACAGGCAAAGGAAGAGGGAUUGUCACUGUGCUUGUGGCUGCAUUGCAGAGUCAGGUUUAGAAGCGCAGGGCAUGGUGUGUGCAGUCUUUAWAUGACUUCUUACAGCAAAAAUUUUUGUAUUCAUUUAAUUCCCAGCUGCCUGACAGUGGUUUUGUUCUCUGAAGGCCUUUGUGACUUGAGGAGUACUUUUUCUUUUUGCUCCUCCUUUCUCCUGCUCUAGAUAAUCAAUUCUUUUAACAUGAUUAACUUGUAAAAGAGCUUUUGCUUUAAUUUGSCAGGUGCUUUAAGGUAUACAGGUURUUAAGGGUUUCUUUACUAAGWAAAACUUGAAAUACCAUGACCCAGCUGUAAGAAAAUGGGAUCAGCUUUACAGGUACAGAGCAUGAUCUCGUUUGAAAUAGCCAUGUGCAGUUCAGGGUGCCAGCACACCUUGCCCAUGUCUGUUGUAAUGCUGCUGGGGAAGGAGGAUUGGCCCAGAGCUGCUUUGUCACCUGCCUGUGUCUGCCCUGYUGUCAGAGGGGACUGCAGGUGGAGGUCAGCUUUCUGAGUAUUGCCCUCUUGGUGAAGAGCUGGGACAUCCUCCCAUACACACCAAUCAAGGCAGGGGCCUUGUGUGAGUUUGGUGUUUCCACAAUUGUUAAUGUCCCUUCAAUUCCCUUGUUCUCUCAGCUGCUAAACACAACAAGGAACUCACAGAGCAUCUGGCUACAGAUCACUCCAGUUUUACUGGAACUCCCAUUAUUGGAGAUGGGCUCACCUGAUGGAGGUGAAAAGGGCCACCUGAUAGAGAUACCUGAACUUGGGUGACAACAAUUUUAGAAUUACUCAACUGUUCUCUAUUGGCAGUUUCUGGUAACAGCAUUUCCUUACUACUUAUUUCAUACCAGCAGUAUUGGGACCAUUGCUGGACUGGUCUCCCAAACCACUUCAGGCUCUCAUUUAGGCUUCUGUUUUCACUAACCUGAGUCAGAAGUAAUUUCAUGAAAGCUAGGAAAUCCUUAAAUUCCUCCAAGACUUCAGUCUUCUGUAAGAAGAAAUCAUGCUCUUGAGAAAGGCCAUUGUACCAGGUCAAAUUUGCCAAAUUGUGUUUUCCGUGUGAGGUUCUCUUCUGGAAACAUCUUCUGCUAAAAAUUGUCUGAUGAAAUGGUUGAAGUAAUUUCAGAGGAAGGGGUUCAUGUGUAAACUCAAAUUGGGCAGUAUUAGUAUAUAAAAUCCUGAGAAUUAAAUGGAUUACUUUUUCCUCAUUCAGCUUGAGUAACCUGAAAUCCUUCAGUGUACCUUUUGUGGGAGGAAAGAACAGAAGUUCUGGAACAGCUAAGCUUCCUUAUUGAAAGAAACAGACAAAAAGACAAAAAAACA